AUGUUCCCAAUCCAGCUCCAAAUACUGUCCGACCUCCACCUCGAAACAUCCGCCACGCGCCCCACAUACGCCGAAUUCAGCAUAACGCCCCGCUGCCCCAACCUCGCACUCCUGGGCGAUAUCGGAAACGUACUCGACCCACUCUUGCUCGAAUUCCUAGACAUCCAACUCGACAAAUUCGAACUCGUCUUCUUGGUGCUCGGGAACCACGAACCGUACGGUAGCAGCUAUGCCGCCACCAAGCAACUUAUCCGAGGAUUUGAGGAACGGGUUAAUGCACCAAGAGAGCGCAGAGGCCGUUUCGUGUUCUUAGACCAAACACGCUUCGACCUCAGCGACUCGGUGACAGUGCUAGGCUGCACACUCUUCUCCCACAUCUCCCCGUCCCAGUCAGCCUCCGUAUUCCGCUUCGUGUCAGACUUCUCCAACAUCGACGGCUGGGACGUCGCCGCGCACAACGCCGCGCACGCCGCGGAUCUCGCGUGGCUGAACGCGGAAGUCGCGCUGAUCGAGCAAGAGGAGCCGCAGCGGGCGAUAGCGGUGUUGACGCAUUAUAGCCCGACGCUGCUGGCGGCGGCGAAUGAUCCGAGGCAUGUGGGGGAUGAAGUCGGGGUGCGGAGCGCGUUUGUGACGGAUGUGAGCUCUGAGGUGUGUUGGCGGAGUAAAAGCGUGAGGGUUUGGGGGUUUGGGCAUACCCAUUUUUGCUGUGACUUUGUGGAUGCGGGAAAGAGGGUGGUUGCGAAUCAGAAAGGGUAUCGGAGGACGGAGAGUCUGGGGUUUGAUGGGGAGAAACUGAUUGAGAUUGAGGCUCCUGGGGACGUCGUCUGCGUAGCCGGGAUAACAAUGCGUGGCCUGGGCGCUGAGGGCAGAGACGGCGUCAUUGGCGGCAGCAGUAUCGACUCGCCUGAGGAUGGUGUUGUCGGAGGGGCCUGGGACCACGAUCCAUGA